AUGACAGCUUACAAAACGCCUUUAGGGAUGUUAGCAUAUCGACUUGUUUUUGGGAAAGGUUGUCAUUUACCUGUGGAAAUCGAGCAUAAGUCUUAUUGGGCUGUUAAGCAAUGUAAAAUGGAUUAUGAUUUGGCUGGGCAGCAGAGAAAACUUAGUUUGCAAGAGCUUGAAGAAAUCAGAUUAGAGGCUUAUGAAAAUGCUCAGAUGUACAAAGACAAAACUAAGGCAUUUCAUGAUAAAAGGAUAGUCAAAACUACUUUUUCUGUAGGAAAAAAAGUUCUUUUAUACAAUGCUCGUUUGAAAUUAUUCCCUGGCAAACUUCGAUCUAGAUGGCUUGGUCCCUUUGUUAUUACUAAUAUAUUUGAUCAUGGUGCAGUUGAGAUUAAAUGUGUGGAUUCUGGUAAAGUAUUCAAGGUCAAUGGUCACGGAUUAAAAGCAUUCUAUGAGUAUGAACAAGCAGGGAUGAUUGAAGAAAUAAAUCUUUCAAAAGACUGAAGAAUGUUAUACGUCGAGCCAACGACGGGAAAUAGAGGCGCUGCUUGGGAGGCAACCCAAGGCUUAGAGCUAUUUAUUUUCAUUUUCCUAUAAUUUCAAUUUUUUGUUUUUGUUUUCUUUUUCUUAGCUUUAGUUAAUAACUUAGUUUUU